GAGCAAUCGUACUCAAAAGCCAGAAGCGAGCGAGAGAGAAAGAAAGAUCAUCCUUUUCGUGUUGAAUCAGAAAUGGGUUCUUCAGACAUUGACGUUAACUCAAUCCCGGAGUAUUCAAGACCAAUCGUACGGGCUAUGAAGGAAAUCGUGAAUUGCUCCGAACAAGAGAUUUACGCAAUGCUUGUUGAAUGCAACAUGAACGCUGACGAAGCCAUUACUCGACUUCUUUCUCAAGAAAUGGGUUCUUCAGCCAUUGAAGUUAACGCAAUCCCGGAGUAUACGAGAGCAAUAGUACGGUCUAUGAAGGAAAUCGUGAAUUGCUCCGAACAAGAGAUUUACGCAAUGCUUGUUGAAUGCAACAUGAACGCUGACGAAGCCAUCACUCGACUUCUUUCUCAAGAUAGUUUCCAGGAAGUGAAGAGUAAACGAGACAAGAAGAAAGAGGCCAAGGACGCAUUAGAGAUUCAAAGACUUAGUGGUAGAAACCAGUAUCACAAAUCUAAGAAUGGCAGUGAUCAAAAUGGAGGAAACAAGCUUAACUCUUAUGGAACGAGUAAUGUGCAACGAAUUCGUAAUCAUUUGGCUGGUUCUUCAUUGAACAGUGCUAUAUCAAAUGUUGAAACUAAGAGAGUGCCAACAAGCUCAGAGGAAGCAGUUCCUUCGUUAUCUGUGCCAUCUUCUACGUUGGUAACUGCUUUGGGAUGUGGUACAUCAGCUUCAUCAAAAGAUAGUGUAACUAAAGCUCCUGUCAAGGAUGAUUGCCUCUUACCUGAGAAGCCAGUUGCUCCUAAUCCAUUUUCUAACUCAUUUAAUGAGCCUGCUGCUAGAAGAGAUCAACUUCAAGAAUCUCCUUCGGUAUCCAACCAAAUAUUUCGCAAUGGAGGCUCACAUUUGUUGCGUGACAAUUACAAUAACAAAAAUGAUGAGACUAACCAAGUGCAAAGAAGUUCUUGUGAGAACAAUCGAACCAAAGAUCCGUCGGUGCCUGUUAAUUCAGACCAAUGUAAUAGCGACUUACAGAAUUUGAAGUUUGGUCGUUUUGGUUCUGGCGAAGUACAUAUGAUUAUGAACAAUCAAAGCUUGGCUCUCCCAUCACAGUUCUUGAAUGAUCCUGCAGAUGAUUUGUCUUUCAGACACCUGAACUUAAGAGAUGAAGAGGAAGAACAACAACCAAGAAUGAAUGUUGCUAAUGAAAAAAUGGCAUAUGAAGUCAACUCAAAUGCCGCUCGUAAUUACAAUUCGUCCCCAAACUGUGAUCAUACAGAACCUACUCAAGAAAAUCAGUACACGUCUUCAUCUGCUACAGAUUUCACAUUUUAUAAUAGUCAGCUGUUCAAUCCUGUGAUGGCUCCUGCAGAACGAAGUCUUCAGAUGCCAAAUUUGAAUACCUUUCCCGACUCUAUGCAUCAACAAGCAUUCACAAGGGAACAUGUGAAUGCUUGGUACUCGGCUUCUCCUCUCAAUCAGUCAAUGUAUGCUGCCUCUUCACUUGGUCGUAGGCUACCAGUUUCCAUGACCGAGAUGAAUCGACAAGCCAUGAACCACCACCUUUACCCUCAGCCUAAUGUUCCUUCAGAGCAUUAUGGUAAUAUGAUGAACUAUCCUUACUCUCUGCCAACACAGAAUGAUAAUACCUACGACAUGCCAGCAUCAGCAUUUCAGCAACAUGGUGGUCUUAACAACGACGCCUACCAUCUUCGUCCUUUAGUUGCACCGCUUCCUUUGCACAGAGACAGUUAUCCAUGUCCACCAACUCUCGCUGCUGGUCCUUACACUCGUAGUUCUGCUUACGGUUCCGCUAAUGGUCCGGCUUACGAUUCUGCUUACGGUUGUGGCAUGUUAAGUGAUCAUAACACUGCGAACUUGAGGUUUGACGAUGAAGAUGACUUCCACACACGGUUUAGCAAUCACUUGGCAUCACUUCAGCAUCAGAAUGGGACCUCAAGUAUGUGGACUCCUCCAGGGCUAAACGAAUCAGGAAGCAGUUAUUACCGCUUAUACUCGGGUCCUCAGAAUCAGCAGUCAGAGAGUUUCAGACGUAGCCAACAAGAUUUACUUUGA